AUUAGGACCCAAAGAUGCCGUAGGGGAUAUCAAGUAUUGACUGACCACAAGUUAAUCCUCAACUCUCUUUAAGCUUUCAUCCACAAACUCUCCAGCAAUGGCUUCCUCUACCCAAAAACCCUCUUCUUCUUCUUCUUCUACCUCAAUCCGUAAAUAUAGCUUCGAUGUGUUCUUGAGUUUUAGAGGUGAAGACACCCGCAACAAUUUUACGGGUCAUUUAUUCGAAAAUUUGCAUCGGAUGGGGAUUAACACUUUCAGAGACGAUCAACUUGAAAGAGGAGAGGAGAUCAAAUCAGAACUUUUAAAAACUAUUGAAGAAUCAAGAAUUUCCAUAGUUGUGUUCUCAAAAGACUAUGCUCGGUCCAAGUGGUGUUUGGAUGAGUUAGCGAAGAUCAUGGAGUGCAGGGAAGAAAUGGAACAAAUAGUCUUGCCGGUGUUCUACCGCGUGGAUCCUUCUGAUGUGCGAAAGCAAACAGGGAGCUUCGGAGAGGCAUUUUCCAUUCACGAAAGAAAUGUAGAUGAGAAGAAGGUGCAAAGGUGGAGGCAUUCCUUGAUGGGAGUAAGCUGUCUAAGUGGUUUCCAUGUGAAUGAUUGGUAUGAGUCAAAGCAUAUUGAGGAAAUUAUUGAGGAAAUUACUAACUGGAUUUGUAAAAGAUUGAAUGUUUUUACCGAAUAAAGGGCAGACUCGGCUCAGAUGUAUUUCCCAAUAUGGGACUUUUAAGGAUUCUAAAUUUAUAUGAGAGCAGUAUUAAGGAACUCCCGGGCAGCAUUGGAUGUUUGGAAUCUCUUGAAAAGCUUGACCAAACUGCUAUUAAAGGAUUACCUUGCUCAAUAGGUCAUCUCACUAGACUUGAUCACUUAAAUUUGGAAAAUUGUAGAAACUUGAGAAGUCUUCCAAACAUAUGUGGGUUGAAAUCCCUUAAAGACCUAAUUAUCGAUGGUUGUUCAAAUCUAGAGGCUUUUUCAGAGAUCACGGAGGAUAUGGAACAAUUAAAAUACCUUUUGUUAAAUGAAACGGGCAUAACAGAGCUGCCAUCAUCAAUUGAACACCUGAGAGGUCUUGAAUCCUUGGAAUUGAUCAAUUGUGAGAACCUUGUGGCUCUUCCCAAUAGCAUUGGUAGUUUGACAUGUCUUACUCGUCUUCAUGUUCGUUACUGUACAAAGCUCCAUAACUUGCCUGACAAUUUGAGAAGCCUACGGUGUUGCCUAAUAGAACUAGAUCUAGGUGGUUGCAAUCUGAAGGAAGGAGAAAUCCCCAGUGAUUUAUGGUGCUUAUCCUCACUGGAAUCUUUAGAUGUAAGUGAAAACGAUAUUCGUUGCAUACCCGCUGGCAUCACUCAACUUGUUAAGCUCAAAACCCUUUACAUGAAUCACUGCCCGAUGCUUGAAGAAAUUGGAGAGCUUCCAUCAAGUUUAACAACUAUGGGGGCACAUGGUUGUCCAUGCCUAGAAACAGAAACUUUCUCAAGUCCACUCUGGUCUUCUCUGCUCAAACACUUCAAAUCACCAAUUCAGUCGUCAUUUGUCAUUCCAGGAAGUAGUGGAAUACCAGAGUGGGUAAGCUAUCAGAGAAUGGGGUGUGAAGUAAGAAUAGAGCUCCCAAUGAAUUGGUAUGAAGAUAACAACUUCUUGGGAUUUGUUCUAUUCUUCCAUCAUGUUCCCCUUGAUGAUGAUGAAUGUGAGACAACGGAAGUUAUUCUUCCACAUAGUAAAUUGACGAUAUCCCAUCGUGAUCUUCCACAUUGUGAAUUGACGAUAUCCCAUGGUGAUCAAUCUGAACUACUGGAGUAUAUAUCGUUUCAUUCUGAAUGUAAAACCUACUGGAUUAGGUCAUAUGGCGACGAAUUCCACCGCUACUACAGUGGUAGCACAUCAGAUCCAGCAAUUUGGGUGACGUAUUUCCCUCAGAUUAAAAUUCCCCGUGAGUAUCGAUCCAGUUGGUGGAACAACUUUAAGGCUUACUUCCACAAUCCAAUCGAUGGCUGUUUUAGCUGUGGCGAUAACACAUGCUUUAAAGUGAAAAGCUGUGGGAUACAUCUGUUGUACGCCCAAGAUCAGAUCCAUUGCCCUCAGCCGUCAAGAGGAAGCCUUGGUGACAGAGAAGAUCACCCAGCCAAGAGAUUAAAGAUUCUCUAGUUUCCAAAAGAUCAAAGCUUUAUUUAAACCCUAGCAAGGUAUGUCUUCUCUCUUUUUUAUUUAUUAGAUGGAAUUAGUGAAAAAAGAAAUAUCUAGAUAACUUUUAAAAUCA